UUUCUCCAAAAAUCCUCCUAUUACCAGCAGGUCUCUAAAACCCCACUAAACUCAAGAAUCCAAUAAGCUUUACUGAGAUUUCUUUAACAACAAUACUCUUCUUCUUCCAUCCUUCACCAGCCCCUUUCGCAGUACCAUUUAGGGCACUAAUUUCUGAUUUUUUCAGAGAUGGAGUAUGUCAGUCCUGAAGGGCUCCGGUUAGAUGGUCGUCGUCCUAUGGAGAUGAGGCAGAUUCGUGCAGAGCUGGGUGCUAUUGCUAAAGCAGACGGAUCUGCUCUUUUUGAAAUGGGAAACACUAAGGUUACAGCUGCAGUGUAUGGUCCUAGAGAGGUUGAAAAUAGGAGCCAGCAAUUGAAUGACCGGGCUCUGGUUAGGUGCGAGUAUGGCAUGGCUAACUUUAGUACUGGAGAUCGAAUGAGGAAACCAAAGGGUGACAGGCGAUCCACGGAGAUAUCUCUUGUUAUACGACAAACCUUGGAAGCUUGCAUUAUGACACACCUAAUGCCUCGUUCCCAGAUAGACGUUUUUGUCCAAGUUCUUCAAGCUGAUGGAGGAACAAGGUCUGCUUGCAUAAAUGCUGCAACCUUGGCACUUGCAGAUGCUGGGAUUCCGAUGCGUGAUCUCGCCAUUUCUUGCAGUGCUGGAUAUCUUAACAGCGCUCCUUUGCUCGAUUUGAACUACGUUGAAGAUAGCGCAGGAGGCCCUGACGUUACUGUUGGAAUUCUAUCCAAGAUGGAUAAAGUGACCCUACUUCAGAUGGAUGCAAAACUACCUAUGGAGACCUUUGAAACGGUAAUGCAACUCGCGGUAGAUGGGUGCAAGGCAAUAGCAAAAUACAUUCGAGAAGUACUACAAGAAAACACCAAGCAACUGGAGUAUAGGCGUGGUAUAUAAUCCUACACACGAUGAUGAUGAUGAUGUUGAGGCUGUGUCCAUUCUUUCAGUAAUACACCAUGUUUGCUGAGAUUGUAACCUAUCAGAAGUGGAAGCAGAAUGAUGUCGGUUUUGAUCACAAGUAUAAUAGAUUGUAAUCUUCUCCACUGUAGAAUUUCAAGUUGGAAUGAAAGUAUUGAUCUUUUAGGUUGAUCUAAUGGAUUAAUUUUCUGAGACUAGUUUUAUACGCCCAAACAAAAAUUCAUAGAAGUGAAGAAAUUACCCCAAUUCCAAGUAUGCAGUUUGUUUGGGAGUUUUGUGGUGAACUACUUGAUUCCUUUCA